AUGUUUCUGCAACCAUGGGAAUUGGAGGGAUAUUUUAUGUUAAAUAAGCUAGAACAAUUCACAUUACAAAUUCAACUUUCAUAAAUUAUUACUCAAGAUUAGAGUAGUUUCUUCAAUAAUAUGAGCGCUUUUGAAGGAGGAUCUAUUUAUUGCUAUAACUGCUUCAUCUCAUUAGAAUCAUCUUACUUUGAGAGUAAUUAUGCCUCAGAUGGUGAAAAUAUUACAGUAAUUAAUACUUUUGCUGCAAAAGGAGGAGUUUUUAGUAUUAAGAUGGAUACACUCUACCUGAUCAUUAGCAACAUUACUGUUGAAAAUGCAGGAGCAGUUGAGGGAGGUGUCUUUUUUAUUUGGGAUAUAACUUCUUUGAUUCUCUCAAAUAUAACUGCUAAUAGAUUGUUUGUUUACAAUGAUUACACUUUUCUUACAAUUUAUGGGGAAAAUUCGUACUUUCACUUUUCAGAUGUUAAUAUCAGUGGUGGAAGCAACUUGCUAGAUGAAGAUUAAUUGUGGUAUCUUGAGGGCUCAAUUCUUUCAAACUAACGAUUUUAGGGGACAACUAUGCUAAUUUAUUAAUGUUCUUAGAAUUUUUCUGAUACUAAUUCUACUUAUACAAAUACUGCUGCAAUUUAAGGAGGUUUUAUGUUUAGUCAAGGUUCAACAACAUACUUAGAUAAUUGCACAUUUAUUAAUUCAAGAUCAUUAGCUAAUGGAGGUUUUAUGUAUUCUUAUGCUGAUAGUUCUUGGUAUUACCCAUUUUUUAAAGUUAUAAUAGUGUCCUCUAUUUUUAAUAAAAUUUAUGGAUAAAGUAGCGGUGGAGCAUUCUAUCUAGAUAAUGUUUAUCUUUCAUUAGAAAUAAUUCAAAGUUAGUUUAGUGAUAUAAAAUCUGAUAUUGAUGGUGGAAUAUUUUUUGUCAACCAAUUAAGAAGUGAUAUUAUUAUAAGAAAUAACUGCUCAUUUGCUGAUUUUAGAGUCAAUUAUUUCAUGGAUCAAGGAAAAAAUAUUGGAGGAAGUCUCUUUUAUAUUAAAAAUGCUGCAAAAGCUAAUUUUACUUAAGUAAAGUUAGAAAAUGCUUUUGGAGCUAAAUAUGGUGGAAUAUUAUAAGCAAUUAGCACUCAAAUUUACAUAAUAAAAUCAGAAUUUUCAAAUAUUUUUGCUAUAAAUGGUGGAAUUCUAUAUCAACUUAAUUCAACUGUGUUUAUUGAAAGCUCAAGCUUCUCAAGCAUAAAAUCUUAAUAUGGAGGAAUAUUUUAUGCAAAUGAUCAUUCAUUCAUUCAAGCCUACAAUUCAAUCUUUGAAAAUACAGAAGCAGAAGAUAGAGGAGGAAUAAUUUCAGUUUAGUUAGAAUCUAAUCAAAAUAAAUAACCAAGUGGCUUUGCAUAUUUUGAUAACAAAAAAGCUUCAAUGUCUAUCUUAACCUCAGAAUUCAAAAAUAUUAGAGGAUAUUAUAAUGGAGGCUUAUUUCUAUCUCUAAAUAUUUAAAGCAUGACGAUUGACCAAUCAACCUUUUAGAAUUUAUUUUCAAACCGUUCUUCGAUCUUGGAUUCAUCAUCAUAGGAAUUUUAGCUUGCAAUAUCAAACUCUAAAUUUAUCUGUGACAUUAAUUUCGAUACAACUUUAGUCCCAGAUUAGUUGAACACUACAAAUCCUAUCUAUAAUAAUGAACACACAAUCAAAAUAUCUAAAGCAUAAUAUGUAAAUUUGACUAAGAAUUCAUUUAAGUUAUGCGGUGUAACUUCAGAAGGAGGUGUUUUUUCUAUUUCUGAUACAACCUUGAUUGAUAAUGGAUCUACAUAUGAUAGUAAUUAUGCAAUUCAAGGAGGGGUAAUUCAAGUGAUGGAGGGCUCAAAAGAUCAAAACAUUACAUUCACAAGAUGUAUAUUUGAAUCUAAUUUUGCUUUGAAAAAUACCAUAUCAGUUCUCCAAGCAAAUAUGUUGAUUGAGGACUCCCAAUUUUUACAAAAUACUGCUACAGAAAGAAGUAAAAAUAUUUUUGCAGGAUUCUCUUCAAUCUAUAUUUUUGACACUAUAUUUAGAGGAAUAGAUAUCCUUAAGUGUUAAUUCAGCGAUAAUCAUGCUUUUUAAGAAGGUGGUGCAAUAUUCUCCUCAGGCUUUGAAUACCUCAACAUCUUACAGGAUUCUAAGUUCUAAAACAAUAGAGCUAAUGAAACAGGUGAUGAUAUUUAUGUAACGAAUACAUUAGGCAAAUUGCUUAUUGAAAACACAAAUUUCAAGAAUCCAGGAGCAUCUCUGUCAAUUUAUGCUGCGAAUCUCGCUCUUUCAAUGAGUAAGGUUACUAUGACAGAUAUAGGAAUAGAAAAUGAGGUUCAUUAAUACGGUUCUGCCUUAUAUUGCCUUGAUUGCAAAACUAUCUUAAUUUCUGAUUCUGAAUUUAAAAAUAUGAAAAGUUACUUAGGAGGAGCAUUUUAUAUUGAAGAGUUAACAUAAAAUAAGGUUAAUUCUCUACAAUCAGCAAAAUAUUUGAUAUAAAACUCUAACUUUGCCUAUUGCAGAUCUGUCACUGGAGGAGCACUCUUUUUGUUAAAUGUUGAGAAAAUGUAAAUAUCUAAUUCAAAAUUUGUCAGUAAUGAAGUGGUUAAUAGCACAGCAGAUAAUUACUACAAAUAUCAUGGCUCAGGUGGCGCAAUUUAUUUUGAGUGUACAGAUUAAAACUAUAACUGUGAACUAACCAUCAAUGGCAAUUCAGAAUUCAAAAAUAAUUUCGCUACAAGAUAAGGAGGAGCAAUACACUGGGAGUCAUUAGAACCAAUUAUGUCUGGAGAUGUUUUAUUUUAGAAUAACCUUGCAAUUUAGUAUGGAAAUGAUCUUUCAUGUUUCGCCCAAAGAAUAAUAAAAAUUGAUCAAGAUACUUAUUCAAAAAUAAUGUAGUAAUUAGGUAUCGAAUCUAGGAGAUUAAGAUCCCUUUAAUAGAAUUAUACAUAUUCAAGUGAAUUGAUAGUGCCGGUAUCAGCAUAAAUAGAAAGUUAGAGAAGUGGAGGAACCAUGCCAAUAAUAUAUAUUGCCUUAGUAGAUAAAUAUGGAUAAAUUAUUGGAAUCGAUUAAGUAAGCAAAUCUUAAUUUUUUGUGUUAGGUGGAGUAGUGUAAAUCUAAAACAUUUAAUUUACAGGAACACCUGGAUACUAGUAUGGCUUGGUAUUAACUACAGAUGGAAUAGAUAUAAAGAAGAAGUCUAACAAAGAGUACCUCAGUAAUACAUUGAACUAAUCAUAAUCAGAUAUUGACUUUAAAAUUGAAGUUUAACUAAGAGAAUGUGAGAUCGGUGAACAAUUUACUGUUGCUGGGAAAUGCGAAGAAUGCUAAUAGGGAAAUAGUUUUUCAUUAGUGAAAAUGAUUGAGCCUGGACAGUGUUAGACAUGCCCGACAGACAAAGCUAGAUGCUAUGGAGGUACAAAUAUCGGCCCAAAAUAUGGCUAUUGGAGAAAGAAUAACAUGACAUCAUACUUUGUUUAAUGCUUAUACCUACCAGCUUGCUUAGGAAUGCUUCCACCUAUUGAAGAUCCACGAGGAACUUGCCUAUAAGGAUAUCGAGGAAUACUAUGCGCAGAUUGUUUAAAAGGCUAUUCUCGUUAAGGAGAUUUUAAGUGCUAAGAAUGUCCUGGGGAGGCAGUAAACUCAAUUAGAUUAGGUGCAAUAUUUAUAGCUUUGAUUCUGAUGAUAGUUUUUGUUGUAAGAUCUACUUUGCUAGGAGCUAAGGAAAAGAAAAAUGUAACAAGUAUAUACCUUAAAAUUAUGAUGAAUCAUCUACAACUGAUCAUACUUUGCUCAUCAUUCAAUUUUGAAUGGCCAAAGUUAUUAAUAGAUUUUUACACAGAAAUUAAGCCUGUUGCUCAAGUUUCAACUUAAAUAUUUUCAUUUGAUUGCUUCAUAGACAAAAGAGAAGAUAAUGAAGGCUCAGAUUAAAUUGAGAUUGAUAUAUUUAGAAUCUUCUUCUAGAAGCUAGUUAUACUAGCAGUAUUACCAAUUAUUUUAACAAUAUGCUCUUGGCUAUUCUGGGUGAUUUUCCAGAAAAUAAAAUAUUCCUAAGAAAAGUAUAUUGGCAAAGUAAUUACUACACUGAUUAUUCUAUUAUUCUUAGUUCACCCAAAUAUAGUUCAAUAUAUGUUUAGCAAUUUUAAGUAUGCAAGAUAAAAAUUAGGAUUCCUUUACAGAGGAUAUAGAAAGAAAUAUCAUUAUUGGGAAAUAAUUAUUAUGUACAGAAAGAUAUUGCUAAUUUUCAUUUCAGUAUUUGUGAGCGCUUUUGGAGUAAUGGCAUAAGCUUUGAUAGUUUUUCUAGUUUUUAUUUUAUUUCUGAUUGUUAAUUUGAAAACUAAGCCAUUCAGUACGAUAGCAUUAAACGAUCUAGAAACUGUAUCAUUAGUUACAUCUAUGGUUACUAUAUAUUGUGGUUUAUUCUUUAUAUCUAACACAAAAUAAAGCUAGAUAGAUUUAGACCCUGAGCUAAGUAAUAAGGCUUUGUAACUAAGCGACAAUGUUCUUUUGGCUCUAUUUGCAAUAAUCUUAAUAUCUAACUGUAUAUUUUUCUUCUAUUGGCUAUACAAGAUGUUGUUUGAAGUUAGAGGAAAAAUAAUGAGAUCAAUUCCUAAGCUCUAUUUAUUUUUAUGUUCGUGUAAUAACUAAUAAAAAUUUUAAAGAGGCCUCAGACAGCUUUAAAUUGAUGAAGAAAACGAAACUCUCAGAGAAGAAUUCAAUAAAAAAAAGCUAUAAAUUUACCUUGAUCCUUAAAAUAUUCUGAAUAUGGUUCAAUCAGAGAAACAAAAUAAGAUCAUUGAUCAAAAAAUAGAGCGGUUACUUAAAAGGGAUAAGAAAAAUUAGAAAUUAGGAUCUCAAAUCCCUCUUCAUUAAGUUGAUUCAGAGAAACAAAGCAAUAUAAUUUCUGAAUCAGACAUAUUUACAGAUAAUUGCAAUAGCCCAAAACUUCGCUUUGAUUUCAAAAAUCAAAGUCCUUUUAAAUCAGAAAAUAUAUGCGAAGAAGAUAUUGAGGAUGAAUUUAAUGAAGCUCAAAAUGUAAAUAAAAAUAAUUAAAUUAGUCAAGAAACUAUUAAUACUUAUGAGAAAAAAGACUGGGAUGUAUAGGAUAUACAUAAUAUGCAACAAGUAAUUCAUAUAUAAAGAAAAAGGCUAAAAAACAAAUCUAGCAGAUAGAAAGAAGGAUAGCAGAUUAUUGACAGAAUGAAAGCACUAGUGAUGAAGAAUUAAACAAAUGUGAGAAGUCCUAGGAGUCCGAGAAGGAAUAAUUUAUUGGCAGGGCAAAAUGAUCUAUAAUAAAAAUCAAUUACAAUUUAUGAAAUUACAUCUCUAUCCUCUCAGCAAGUAGACUAAUAAGAAAGAAUACUAAGUUUCGAGACAUCCCCAAAAGACAAGAAUAAUGAGGAGUAAAUUGAAAAGUUCAAAGCCUAGGUACUUCAUGAUUCGCUAUCUUUACCAUCUGAGUAAGAAAACUAAGAUUUUGAUGAAAAUGAACAAACUUUUGAUUAGCUUAUAAGGAAAGGCAAUUUUACAAUGCAAUCAGUUGAUAAAAUUGAUAAAGAUUCUCUCCAGUAUUCUUCUCUAGAAUUAGAUGGAUUUAUCAAGAAUAAUUUAUGA